AUGUCUAAUGUGCCAGCACUGAAGAAUUAUAAGUUUGAUAGAGAAGAAGAUGGUGAGUUGCCAACGUUGGUUACGGGUCAAGAGGAUAAUUUGAAUGAGAUUUUUAAGCAGGUCAAGAGUGAUGGUGGUACGCGUAUUGUGAGUGAUGCUAAGAUCAGUCGGGUCAAUAAACAGAAUGAGACGGUUGACUUAGGCGAUGGGAGUCAUAAGAAGAGGAUACCUGUUACCAUUAUUACAGGGUAUCUUGGUUCAGGUAAAUCCACAUUGUUAGAGAAGAUUGCAUUGCAGGGUAGUGACAAGAAAAUCGCCGUUAUUCUUAAUGAAUUUGGAGAUUCUAGUGAGAUCGAAAAAGCAAUGACUAUAAGGAAUGGUGACGCUGCUUACGAAGAAUGGUUGGAUCUGGGUAAUGGCUGUCUCUGUUGUUCCUUAAAGAACGUAGGUGUUAAAGCAAUUGAAGAUAUGGUGGAUAGAUCACCUGGAAAAAUUGAUUAUAUACUGUUGGAGACAUCGGGUAUCGCUGACCCAGCACCCAUUGCAAAAAUGUUCUGGCAAGAUGAAGGUUUGAAUAGUAGUGUUUAUAUUGAUGGGAUAAUAACGGUGCUUGACAGUGAGCAUAUUUUGAAAUGUUUAGAUGACGUUUCGGAAGAAACACACUGGCAUGGUGAAAAUGUUACGGUGGAGAACAAUUUGACAAUAGCACAUUUUCAAAUUGCAAUGGCAGAUAGGAUUAUACUGAAUAAGAUUGAUAAAAUUGGUGACAAUUCCGAGUAUUUAAGAUCUUUAGAUUCGAGAAUACGUGAAAUCAAUUCGGUAGCACCAUUUUAUUUCACCAAAUUUGCUGAAAUUAGCUUAGAUAAAUUAUUAGAUAUUCAUGCGUACGGUAUGGAAAUAAGUUUAGACAAUAACGAUAGUAGUAAUUUGUGGGAGGAUAGACCCACAUUGCACGAUUCGAGAAUGAAUACGGUUAUGUUGAAGUUUAGACCAUUGAAAGGUGAAAUAGAAUAUGGUCGGUUCUUAAAGGGGUUUUUAAGACCACUUUUGUGGAAGAAUUUUGGUGCAUCAGAUAAUAUCCAAAAAAACCAACAUGACUGGGAAAUACAGAGAACCAAAGGUUUGAUAAUAAUCAAUAAUGAAGGUGAAAGAGACGUCAAGGUUAUUCAAGGUGUUAGGGACACUUAUGAUAUUUUGCAAGGAGAUCCUAAGGUUGAGGCCGAAGAGUGUAAGCUUGUAUUUAUUGGGAAGUAUCUUGUUAAAGCAGAUAUUGAAAAAUUGUUGAAAAAUAUUUUGUAA